GCCGGCCGGGGCGCCUAACUCCCGCGCCCGCCGCGCUCGCCGCCACCCGCCCGGCUCGCCCGCACUCACCCACGCUCGCGUCCUCUCCACCAGCGGCAGCCAUGUGCCCCCGAGCCGCACGCGCCCCGGCCCUGCGGCUCCUAACGCUGGGCGCUCUGCUGUGGCCCGCCGCCGGCGCCUGGGAGCUCACCAUCCUGCACACCAACGACGUGCACAGCCGCCUGGAGCAGACGAGCGCCGAUUCGAGCAAGUGCGUCAACGCGAGCCUCUGCGUGGGCGGCGUGGCGCGACUCUCUACCAAGGUGCGCCAGAUCCGCCGGGCGGAACCCCACGUGCUGCUGCUCGACGCCGGCGACCAGUACCAGGGCACCAUCUGGUUCACCGUGUAUAAGGGCGCCGAGGUGGCGCACUUCAUGAACGCCCUGGGUUACGAUGCCAUGGCCCUGGGAAAUCAUGAAUUUGAUAAUGGUGUAGAAGGACUGAUUGAUCCACUCCUCAAAGAGGCCAAAUUUCCAAUUCUGAGUGCAAACAUUAAAGCCAAGGGGCCGCUAGCAUCUCAGAUUUCAGGACUUUAUUCGCCCUAUAAAAUUCUUCCUGUUGGUAAUGAAGUCGUGGGAAUUGUCGGAUACACUUCAAAAGAAACCCCUUUUCUCUCAAAUCCAGGAACAAAUUUAGUAUUUGAAGAUGAAAUCGCUGCACUGCAACCCGAAGUCGACAAGCUAAAAACUCUAAAUGUGAACAAAAUUAUUGCACUGGGACAUUCUGGUUUUGAAAUGGAUAAACUCAUCGCUCAGAAGGUGAAGGGCGUGGACGUGGUGGUGGGAGGACACUCCAACACGUUUCUUUACACAGGCAACCCACCUUCCAAAGAGGUGCCAGAGGGGCAGUACCCAUUCAUAGUCACCUCUGAUGACGGCCGGAAGGUUCCUGUGGUCCAGGCCUAUGCUUUUGGCAAAUACCUGGGCUACUUGAAGGUGGAGUUUGAUGAAAAAGGAAAUGUCAUCACUUCACAUGGAAAUCCCAUUCUUCUCAACAGCAGCAUUCCUGAAGAUCCAACCAUAAAAGCGGACAUCAACAACUGGAGGGUAAAAUUGGAUAAUUAUUCGACCCAGGAGCUGGGGAAAACAAUCGUCUACCUGGAUGGCACCACUCAGUCCUGCCGCUUUCGGGAAUGCAACAUGGGCAACCUGAUCUGCGAUGCUAUGAUCAACAACAACCUCAGACACCCGGAUGAGAUGUCCUGGAACCACGUGUCCAUGUGCAUUUUAAACGGAGGUGGCAUUCGGUCACCCAUUGACGAGCGGAACAAUGGCACGAUAACCUGGGAGAACCUGGCUGCCGUGUUGCCCUUUGGAGGCACCUUCGACCUGGUCCAGUUAAAAGGCUCCACCCUGAAGAAGGCCUUUGAGCACAGCGUGUACCGCUAUGGCCAGUCCACUGGGGAGUUCCUGCAGGUGGGCGGAAUUCACGUGACGUACGAUCUCUCCCGAAAUCCCGGGGACAGAGUGGUCAAAUUAGAUGUUCUUUGCACCCAGUGUCGCGUGCCCAGUUAUGAGCCCCUCAGGACGGAUGAGGUGUACAAGGUGAUCCUCCCCAGCUUCCUCGCCAGUGGUGGGGAUGGAUUCCGGAUGAUAAAAGAAGAGGCAUUAAAACAUGACUCUGGUGACCAAGAUAUCAACGUGGUUUCUGGAUACAUCUUAAAAAUGAGAGUCAUUUAUCCAGCAGUUGAAGGUCGGAUCCAAUUUUCUGCAGGAAGUCAAUGCCAUGGAAGUUUUUCUCUACUAUUUCUUUCACUUUUGGCAGUGACCAUUGCUUUAUACCAUUAGCCAAAAACUGUCCUUGCCAUUGAUGGAACUGCAUUUUUUUUUUUUUCUCAAGUGAGAUUUAAGCCUGACUUUCAGGAACUGGCUCUGCGACAGUUCAGACCAUUCUUGGCGUCUCCUAGAAGCUGAGCUUAGAGGGUCAUAAAUGAAGACACGAACAUCAUCGCUCCGGAUCGGCAACUUACGGAACACACAGGAAAAGAAAUGAAAAUGGUCCCUGUGAGGAGAAGGCCAGCCGCUCUUAGUCUACAGGUGCAAAUUUUAAUAAUAAAAUUUUAUUAAUUUUAA